AUGACGGUGUCGAUAGAGAUGACCAUCAUGAUGGUGAUGAUAGAGGUGACGAUGACAAUGUUGAUAGUUCAUUUGUUGUAUGACGAGGAUAUACAGGACGCUAUUGUUGAACUUUAUAUAUAUUACAAUGAUAAAGAAGAUGAUGAAAAUUACGAUAGUGAUGAAGACGAUAUAGAUUACGAUGGUGAUGAAGAUGAUAGAGAUCAGGAUGAUGAUGAAGAUUAUAGAGAUGACGAUGGUGCUGUAGAUGAUAGAGAUGAGUAUGCUGAUGAAAAUGAUAGAGAAGAAAAUGAUUAUACAGAUGAGGAUGAAGAUAAUAAAGAUGAAGAUGGUGAUGAAGUUGAUAGAGAUUACAAUGGUGCUGUAGAUGGCAGAGGUGAGGAUGCGGAUGAAGAUGAUAGCGAUGAGGAUGAGGAUGAAGAUGAUAUUAAUAUGGAUGGUGAUGUGGAUGAUAGAGAUGACGAUGGUGAUGAAGGUGAUAGAGAUGACGAUGGUGAUGAAGCUGAUAGAGAUGAAAAUGGUGAUGAAGACGAUAAAGAUGAGGAUGAGGAUGAAGAUGUAUAA